AAAAGAAUAAACCAUAUAAUAUAAAAGCCGACUCGAAAUUCCAAAACCGGCUUUGCUUCUUUGGGUGGGUUAUUUUAUCGAACACCAUCCGAGCAUUCUCAGCACCCAUCAAUUUCACACCAUUCGGCCGCGCACGGCGGACGAUCACGGUGAAGCUGGCGGUUUUGUUUCAGUUCGAAUCAAACAGCAACUCGCGCCGUAUAUAUAGCUAUGGGUAUAUUCAGGGGCAGCUUCCCUUUCAUAGCUGGAUCAGUGUGCGGAAUAUACAUAGCUCAGAAUUACAACCUCCCUAACAUGAAGAAGGUCGUCUACGAAGCCCUCUUCACCGCCAAACAAGUCGAAGAGAAGUACCGCAAGCCUAAGAAGCCUGGCGACGACGUCGUUUGAGCACUUUUCUCAAUUUCGGCGGAAUUAAGUUUCAGUUUGCAAAAGGAUUCAUUAUCUCAAAGACGCAUACCUGGAGUAAUGUGAGGACCGGACGGACUGCCACAUGUUUAACUGACCGUUUGUUGACGGUACGAUUUUGAUAAUUAAUUGUUGAUCUGCUUAGUGUAAAAGACGAUCCUUUCUGAAGAUUGACCAUGUUGAUAUUAUAAACUAGAUAUAUAUUGAUCGAGUUUUAAGCGUGAUGAUCUUUGUGUAUACAUUGUUCGUUCGGUACUUGAGAAACAAGAUAGUGACAGAACCACUCUCAAUUAUUCCAUGUUGUUUCCUUACUGCAUAGUGCAUACAAUAUAUACAUGCUACUUGU